UAGUAUAUAUGGAUGGAUUUUGUAUAUUUGGUUGAAUGAAUGGAUGAAUAUUUUUUUUCGCCUGGUCUUUUUUUGCUUCGAGUUGAUGCUUUAUCUAUAUGUGAAUGUGUGUGUGUGUGCAAGAGAUGAGGAUAUUCGGGUGGUUAUUUUGUUCAAAUGAGGAACACUACUAAUAUUGACGUCUUUGAUUGCCUGGUGGAAUUUUUUUUUUUUUCGUUUUCGCUUGAUUUACAUUUUUUUUAACCGAUUCAAUUCUUUACCGAUGCAAUUCAUGGCGACGACAACAACAUCAACAACAACCAUUUCAAUGAUUGACUAAUUUUUAAAUCAAUUUAAAUAUCAAUUGUUGUCUUGGUUAAUUCUUGAUUUUUUUUUGAAUUUGUUUACAAUUAUCGAAUAUCGUUCGUUGAUUACCGGUUGUAUUAAUUGCAUAAAUAAACUUUGAUGAUCGAUAAUCAAUAUAUCCAUCCAUAUUAUUAAAUUUAAUCUUCAUUCAUUGACAUUGCAAACUGAAAUCUCAACUUUUCAUUUUUUUUUCACACACAUCACAAAAAAAGAAAUGUACUGAAUAUUAUCAGAGAAUAAACCGUUUGUGAUCAUAAUUGUUAUCAUCAAACCAAAUAACAGCUAAAAUAUCAUCCACAUCAAAUCAAUACUAUUUUUUUUAUUGUAUUACGACGAGAUGCAAACGAUAUUAAAAUCAAGCUCAAAUCAUUUGAUAUAUGGUGAUAAUUUUGAAUGACAACAUCCUUCUGAUUUUAGUUCAAUUUUUUCACUCCUAUUUGGCAGCAUUUAUUUCAGAGGCUAAUAUGACGAUGAAACAUCAACUCGAUAAAUAGAAAAGAACAUAUGUCCUGGUUUAUAUUUCCAACAACAAAUGUGCCUUCCACCAUUCGAAUAAUCAUUCAUUCAUUCACAAAUUAUAUUGAAAAUUUUUCUUUUACCAAGUACCGAGAAUUUUUUCCAUUCAACUUGAUUAUUUGUAAACAUCAAGCAGAAAAAAGUCUACGUUUUUUUGCCUUAUAAUCAUCCGAGAAUUUUUUUCGAAUCGAUUGGAAAUUCCAACUAACAACCCGUUGAUCAUGUUGAUUGGAUAAAAAUAAAGAUUAACGAAUUUAAUCAACCAACGAAUAUAUCGCUGGCAAAGAACAAAAAGCUCAUCCUAAGAAUUUCAUACAAGCAUCUGAAAUUUUUCAUAUUAGGAUGAGUUUUCAUAGACGUAAAAAGAAACAACAGAAUACAUCGAUUAUUGGAUCAGAUGAAACAAUUCCGAAUAUAACAGGCAUUAGUUGUAACAAUAACAUUAACAACAACAAAACAAAAGCGAUCUCGUUACCAAUAGCAUCAGAAUCCGUUGUCAUUGAUACAUCAUUAUCCGGCAUUCAUAAUCAUUCCAAUGUUAAUCAGGAUAUUAUUAUUAAUAAACUGAAUGGUGAUAAUAAUCAACCGACAACGAAUUCAUCAACGCCUCCUUCAUCGCAGCUAUCAACAGUGACUGAUAGUGAAAUGAUCAUCAUUAAGAAAAUAUCCACUUGUGAUAACAAUGACAAAGAUGUUAAUAAUAAGCAACUCGAACCUGAAAAAGAAUCGAUCGAUAUGACCGGUACUAAUCAAAAUAAUUCCAUCUUGGCUAGUGUUUCUGAUGAUCAUCAUUCCGAUGUUCGUCAUGUUUCGAUCACAACGGCAACCACAACGACAACUAAUGCUAAAUUAUCAUCAGCCAAACGAAAACUUUUAAUUCUAACCCGUUUGUUCAGACCUUGGCGGUGGAAAAGAAAAUCGAAUAAAGGAACAUCUGCAGAUUCAGUAGCGACCAAUGAAGAAACUAACAAAUCGAUCGAUGAAAUUCAUGCCGAUUGUCAAAGCAAUCAAUCGAGUCAAGUGAUGUUGAUGCCAUUAAAUUCGAUGAGCUAUUUAAAAGGUGCCGUUGCAACACCAUUGGCUGCCUUAGCAAAAAAUCCUGAACAUAAUCAACAGCUAAUGUCGAUCAUUAAUCGACGGCAGCAACAAACCAUCAUUAAUGAGAUAUCAUCCAAUUCGACAGAUUCAUCCAAAAUCAACAACAACAGCAGUCCAAGUAAUAAUAAAAUUCAAACUCUUGAAUCUACACAAAUAAACAAUAAUGUAAACAAUUCAACAACGAGUGAGAUGAUCAAAAUCGAUGGAUUUAAAGUGGAAAAAGUGAUCACAUCGACGUUGCCAACAAAAUCAACGAUAAUGAUACCGACUUCGUCGACAACCAUUUGCCUACCUGCAACAUCAUCAUCAUCAUCAUCAUCAUCGAUUAAAUACAACGUGAUCGAAUCAUUGGCUGCAAAUCAUCCUAAAGCCAAGAACUAUCUCAUGCACUGUAAUUCAGGCAGCAAUAACAAUUACCAUAAUAGUCAUAAUAAUAAUCAGAUUUAUCCGAUCGAAUCAAUAUCGCCGGUGACCAUAUCAAGUAUCCAUUUUGCCAAUAUUUCCGAUGAUAUUGGCCCAAUACCCCCACCACGAAUGUUUAGUGAUUCAAUUAUAUCAACAUUACAGACAGCUGAAUCAAUGUCAAAUGGAGCCCAAUGUGAGACAAAAACAAUGGAAAAUGACGUUGGCAAUAAGACUGGUGAUGAUGUAGAUUUUGAUCCGGAUACAUAUAAUAUCCAACAGCAUCAUAUAAAUUAUAGUCAUAAUAAUACGAACGAUAGAGUAGAAUCUUUGAUAAAUAUCAUAAUGAAUAUGGAAUCAUUCGAUAAUGGCACUGGUGAUUACUAUGACCUUCAUCAUGAUAAUGAUGAUGAUGACUACGAAUUUGACGAAUGGAAUUCACCAUUAGUUGAGGAGGUUCCGGCUAAACAGCCACAAUUGACAGCCGUUCCUAAGAAAAGUGCACUAAAAAAGCCAAAAGUUUUUUCCGACACCAAUUGCCAAACUGCCAAUAAUAAUAAUGAUGAUAACAAUGUAAAUGCAAACAAACUUAUAGUCAAUACAACAACAACAACAACAACAGCAGCAAUUGCGGCUACAACACCCACUGAAACUACGAAUAAUAAUAAUCAUAAUAAUCAUAAUCAUAAGAGCUCCACUUUUACAACAAACAUACCGAAUGGCUCCGUAUUGUCUAAGAUUCGCCAAUUUGACUUGAACGCCAAUUCAUUGAAUGAAGCCACUAAAUUACAUGUAGCCAAAGUACAAAUAAUGCCCUCAAUAACGUUGACGAAUUCUGAAAUGAAAUCAGUCAAUAUAAGUAGUUCGUCAGUUACUACGUCCACUGUUAAUGGAAAUGAUCCCUUUUCAUCGGCUGUCAAUUGGAAAGACUAUUAUGGCGAUGAUGAAAAAGGUAAAAUUGCGGCUAAACUUGCCCGCAAAGAAUCACUUCAAUUGAAACUAUCACAACGGCCCGAUAAGCAAGAACUUAUUGAUAAGAAUAUCAUACAAACGAUGAGUGAAAAUGAAAAACUUGAUUCACGUGAAGCAAUCGGUACGAAAUUAAAUCGACGAUUAAGUCUUCGGCCAACAGCUGAGGAAUUAGAACAGCGUAAUAUUCUCAAACAACAAUCACCCGAUGAGAUCUGGAAAGAAAAGGAGAACAAAAAACAGACGCUCAUAAGAAAGUUGAGUUUCCGUCCAACCAUCGAUGAAUUGAAAGAACGUAAAAUUAUUCGAUUCAAUGAUUAUGUGGAAGUUACACAGGCAAACAAUUAUGAUCGUCGUGCCGAUAAACCUUGGACCAGAUUGACACCCAAAGAUAAGGCUGCUAUUCGCAAAGAACUUAAUGAAUUUAAAAGCUCUGAAAUGCAAGUUCACGAGGAAAGUCGUCACAUGACCAGGUUUCAUCGAUCAUGAUUCUGGCCACAUUUUUUUUUAUCUUACACGCGACAACCAAUGGAAUUUAUGAUAGAC